AUGAAUGCUCUUGCAGCUACAAGCCGUAAUUUCAGACAUUCUGCACGCAUUCUUGGUUUGGAUUCUAAAGUUGAAAAGAGUCUUUUGAUCCCUUUUAGAGAGAUCAAGGUGGAGUGCACGAUUCCCAGGGAUGAUGGAACUUUGGCGUCUUAUAUUGGAUUUAGAGUGCAACAUGAUAAUGCUCGUGGACCCAUGAAGGGAGGGAUUAGAUAUCAUCCCGAGGUUGACCCUGAUGAAGUAAAUGCCCUUGCUCAACUAAUGACCUGGAAGAGUGCUGUAGCAGACAUACCAUAUGGUGGAGCAAAAGGAGGGAUUGGAUGCAACCCAGGGGAUUUGAGUACAAGUGAGUUGGAACGUCUAACUCGUGUCUUCACUCAGAAGAUCCAUGACCUCAUUGGCGUCCAUACAGAUGUUCCGGCACCCGACAUGGGCACUAAUGCCCAGACCAUGGCAUGGAUAUUGGAUGAGUACUCAAAAUUCCAUGGUCACUCGCCUGCUGUUGUGACAGGGAAGCCCAUAGAUCUUGGUGGAUCACUGGGUAGAGAGGCUGCAACUGGGCGUGGAGUUGUUUUUGCUGCAGAAGCUUUGCUUGCUGAACAUGGGAAGUCCAUCAAAGGUUUGACAUUUGCAAUUCAGGGCUUUGGAAAUGUGGGGUCCUGGGCAGCGAAGCUCAUUCAUGAGAGGGGUGGGAAAGUUAUUGCUGUGAGUGACAUCAGUGGUGCAAUUAAGAAUCCAAAUGGAAUUGACAUUCCAGAAUUGAUCAGGCAUAAAGCAACCGCUGGUAGUUUGAAAAAUUUCCAGGGUGCAGAUUCCAUGGAUGCUAAUGAACUGCUCGUGCAUGAAUGUGAUGUCCUUAUACCAUGUGCUUUGGGUGGAGUUCUAAACAGGGAAAAUGCUGCAGAUGUGAAGGCCAAGUUCAUAAUAGAGGCAGCAAAUCAUCCUACUGAUCCAGACGCAGAUGAGAUUUUAGCAAAGAAAGGAGUCGUGGUACUUCCUGACAUAUAUGCAAAUUCUGGAGGUGUCACUGUUAGCUAUUUUGAAUGGGUUCAGAAUAUUCAAGGUUUUAUGUGGGAUGAAGAGCAAGUGAACAAGACACUUAAGAACUACAUGACUCGAGCCUUUCAUAACAUCAAAGGCAUGUGCCAGACACAUGACUGCAAUCUUCGGAUGGGUGCCUUUACCCUCGGUGUAAGCCGAGUUGCAAGAGCCACUCUGUUAAGGGGAUGGGAAGCAUAA